AUGGACCUAUCAGGCCUCCUCCUCCCACCAGCCGUCUUUCUCGGUCUCGGCCUGACGCUCUGGACCUACAAGUGCCUGAUGAUGGUCCUCUUCCAGAACAAGAUCAUCUACAUGCCCAACAUCCCGCCUUUUUCGCGGUCGGAGAAGGUAGAGACCUACGCCAAGCGAUGUCUGCCGGUGCGCUGGCGUGAAGAGUCGACUGUGACGGCGGAUGGAGUGCGGAUAUCGCUUCUUGUGGGCAGUAGUAUGCACUCUACAGAUCUCGAGAGCAGUGAAGAUCAUCUUGUUGUGCUGUAUUUUCAGGGCAACGCGUCCUCGCUGCCUCCGCGGCUUCCUUACUUUUCUGAUACUAUCAAGAUGGUGAACAGAGUUUCCAAUUCUGAUAACAACGCCGAUUCCCCGCCAAAGAAGACGUUCUCUUUUGUGGCCGUGUCCUACCGCGGGUACUGGACAUCGAGCGGUCGAGCAUCCGCAAAGGGUAUCGAACGGGAUGCUGCCGCAGCGCUGCACUGGAUUCUUCAGCGAUAUGCAAGCGUUAAGCAUCUCAAGAUCGUCCUCUGGGGCCAAAGCAUCGGCGCCGGCGUCGCUACCAACGCUGCGGCGGAGUAUCUGGAGGCUGCAGACAUCUCGCAGCGCCGCCCCAUCAUCGACGGCAUGGUCCUCGAAACGCCCUUUACGAGUGUGCGCGAGGUUCUCCUGGCGUUCUACCCGCAGAAGUGGCUACCGUACCGCUAUCUGACGCCCUUCCUCCGCUCGCAUUGGGACAGCGAAGAGGCGUUGCGACGCAUCGCGCACGCUGCGGGCGAUCGCAAGCCGACGACCCUGAUCCUCGAGGCGGGCAAGGACGAGGUCGUUCCCCAUGGCCAAGCAGAGCGUAUAGAGGAGCUCUGCAAGUCUCUCGGUCUAGAUGUGGAGAGGAAGACUAUCGCUGGCGCGCUGCAUACGGAGCUCAUGGCCAAAGCGGACGGGCGGAGAGAGACUGCGAGGUUUUUGUCUGAGAAAUUCUAG